CUAAGGAACAUUUCAAAGAAUGGCAUCUAGUGGUUCGUAUUCUGAACAAGUGAUAGAUCUUCAUAAUAAAAUGGUGCUUGAGAUAAGCGAUAUGAUAUUUGAGGGAUGUGACUGCUGGGAUAAACUUCUUGGCAUUUUAAGUGGCAGUCCACUGACCCCUAAAGAAAAGGGUUCAAUCAAAUCCAUACAUGAUCUGUUUGAAGUUCUCAUGAUGAAGCAAGAAAUCAAUUAUGGCGACUAUGAGAAAUUGAGAAAAAAAAUGAGCGUCAUUCACAAACUCGCGGCAACUAAAAUUAAGAACUAUGAAAGCAAGAUACAGACACAGCUUGAACUGGAUGAAGAAGAAUCACCGAAAGUUGAGAAAAGCAGAAGGUCGGAAAACAAAGAAGAAACUGGAGGAAGAUUGCGAAGCGCAAAGGGAGACAGCAAAGGGAGAAAAAGACGUGAAUCUAGCAGGACAGUGACAGAUGUUGAAAAACGGAAAUUACACGCCGAUAUGGUCCAAGAACUAAGCGAGGAACUUAGCAUGCACAUGGGCGAUGAAUGGGCUUCAUUCAAAAAUAAUAUGAGAUAUAAACUGAGUUUUGGUGGAGCUGUACUGGAGGGUAUCACUGAUAUGUUUAGCGCCUGUAAGAAAAUGAUGGCCAAAGGAAAAAUCGAUAUUGGAAAAUACGAUAAGCUGAUUGAAGUUGUGGAACCUAUCGACAAGAAUCUAGUUGAUAUCAUCAACGAAUACUUGAAGAAGAUGGGCAUCGAACCCACCCCGAAAAAGAAACUGAUGCGCACAAGGUCAUCUGAUUCUUCGUAGAUGACCGUGAAGUAUGUAUUUACAAUAAACUAACUUACAAU